UUCCAACAGUGAUGGUGCUCGACACUAGCCAUUUUCUCCAGUCCCUCAACUUCAAAGUGCUCAAGUGCGUGCCACUUGCUACUCUGCCGCACGCACUACCCGUCGUCAUCGCAUUCUCAAGAGCAUACGUCCAGAGACAGAGGAGACGCCAAGCUGUGAAAGCCGUCCAACCCACUCACCACACCGGCACCGAUCCAGGACCACACCGAGAGCACGAGGAGUGGCGAACAACCCGGAAGAACGCGCCUCGCGCAUUCCUUAGUCCACAAACGGACAAACAAACAACCGCUGUACCAGCAGCACCAUGGACACCCCAACACCAACAUCGGAGGGCGUCGCCACCUACCACACAUACCUGGAUGGCCUCGUCCAGCAAGCAGGCACCCUUACCAAGCCCACCUGCUGCCGCACAAGCCGCUCCGCAGCAGACCUCGACCUCAGCGCCGUUCCUUUUGCGCCAAGCAUGUGCAGCGGUGACAGCGGCAGCGGCGGCUACUCGCAGCUGUAUGCAGAGUACUCCCCAUCCCCUUGCCUGCAUGCAACGGCAAGCAAAUCCGCAACAUCCCCCACACCAACAACAUCCGCCUUCUCCACGCUCAACACCAAUUCCACCAUGAUGGCAGCCUUGGACAGCGGCUUUGGCAUCAUCGACGACACCAAGAAGGACACGUCGAUGACACCAUCAUCCCCGCCAUCAUCCUCAUCAUCAUCGGUGUCUUUAUUCCACGCAUCCAAGUCCUCCAACAGCAUUGCUACUUCCCAACAGCAGCACCAGCAGCAGGCAGCACCGUUCUUCGACUUUGACACUGCACUGGCAAGCCCCCGCCUCCGCUUCGAAAGCACAAGCGACAACAUCUUCCACUUUGAUGAUGAUGUUUUCCCCACAACAACAGCAGCAACAGCGACGGCAGAUGGCGGUGCCAUCAACGUCGGCGCCACUGAUUGCUCGCAGGGCCAGGGCAAUGACGGUGCCUUCCUGCCUGCGUUCACAUUGAAUAGCGACGUCCCGGUCGAGCAGCUGCUGAGCCAUGCAGACAUGAACAUGCUUGACGCAGCCCUGGAGUCCUUCCUCUCCCCCACCUCCACCUCCUCGCCUACGGAAGAGCGACAGGCGUCGGCGGCAUCGUCGGCGUCAGCACUGUCUGCCGCGUCGUUCUCAUCCAGCAGCAGCGACGCUGAAGAUCCCAUCCCUCUACAGUCCACAUCGCACACAACCACAACCUCUUCCUUCUCCUCCUGCCCCUUAUCCUUGCCGUCAUCACAAGCGCAACAUCGCACGUUCAUGCAGGCACAACCCAGCAGCAGCACCAACAGCAGCAGCAACAGCAGCGUGCGCGCCAAGGGCACAGCAAGCACGACGAUGCGCGGGCGCAGUGCCAUCAACAAGCGGUGUGUGCUUGAGAACGGCGAGAUUGACCACGAGAAGCUUGAGCGCACGCGAGAGAUUGCGCGCCGCAGCUACUGGCGCCGCCGCAACCGGGAGCUCACCGGCCGCCGGACGGUGCGCCAGCGCCUGACGCUGCUGAACAAGACCAAGGACCUGCUUGUGCAGAAGCGUCAGCGGCUGUUGAAGGAGCGGCAAGCACUGCUGGACCACGUGCGGCAGCACCUCCACACCCUCCACCCAAUCGGCACCAUCGACCAGCACCCGUCGCCACUCUUCUUCUAAGUUGCACGUGUGAUGGACGUGUGGUGUUGGUAUGUUGUCUUCUCGCCCCCGUCGGAGGACACUUGUUACUGGGUGAAGCGAUCCCUGUUGUUGUUUCGACUGCGCAUCUGCGUUCACGGCAUGCUGAAGUAGUGAAGUGAUCCACGCCUGCUUGUUUUGAGUGACAUGGUUAACUUCUAUGUAUCUUCACUGACCAUCAUCAUCAUCAUGACUUGUGGCUUGUGUACAUUGUCACUUUGUUGCUUGCUUCUCUUGUGUAUUGCCUUGUUGUG